AUGCCUGUGGGGCCCAAGGAGCCAGAGGUAGCAAAUUAUGGGCAAAGGAAUUGCAGUCAAAGGCUGAAAGAGGAAAGCCACUCAGCCAUCCUUCGGUCUCAUCUAGUAUCUGCAGUUGAUGUUUCCUCUUCUUUUCUGAACAUGUCAGAAAAUUUCCAAAAUGCCUCUGUGCUUGGAACUCUAAAUUCUCUCCAGCUCUCCCUUCCUGUGGUGAGCAAUGCAGCUUCCCUAACAGGAAGCGUCUGCAACUUCUCCAGAGUCUCUGCUCCAGCCGUCAGUUCAGCCUGGCUGCUGCCAUCAGUCUCUGGCACCUCUUUCCAGCCACUCAUGGGUAAUGCCUACCUUUACCAACAUUCUAGCACAACUAUGUUGUCUGGAGUUACUGGCCAGAACCAGAUGUCCACUUCAGCUGCUUCCUAUCCAGGUAUUUUUGAGUGGAACAUCACAGGAAGCACUGAAAAGAAGUCUUCUUCACUCGGAGACUUCACUGUGACAGUCAUGGGCCAAGACACAACUGUCUCUUCCAUGUCUAUGGCAGCCCAGUAUGACAAAACUUCAGAUGCCAAUAGCAUGGUCUCUCUGUAUCCAUCAUUUUCUGCCAGCCUUGUCCAGGGAGCACCAUCGCAGACUCCAGAUCAGGGACAUGGCCUGUCACUUCCCCACCAGGAGGGAAGCCAAGUAUAUUACUAUCACCAAGGCACACUGGGGUCUUUACUGGCUGGAGAACUUGGCCCCUGCCUGCCAUCCUAUGGCCCUGUGUCAUACACAGGAAGUAGGGCCUCUGCCCCUCAACCAGAAAUGGUAAUGGUACUAAAGGAGGUUGAGCCUGCAAAUAUCCUACCACCGGCUUCUACCCCUGGAAUCUACUACUCUGUGUAUGCUCAACCCAUCACAGAAACAAGCUUUCAAGUGAUGGAGAAUUCCCUGGGACUGCAACCUCCAAGUCAAACAUUUUGUUUGUCACAAACUCCAGAAUUCCCCAAGUCCUGCAGUAGCAGGAACAUCCAGGUUCUUGACCCACCACCUGAACUUGGGGACAUUUCAAUGAUAGCUCAAGUCCAGAGUUCCAGCAAUCUCCUGGCACUGCCUCCGGCUCCAAGCCAGGAACAAACAGAGAAUAAGAGCUUGGAUGAUAUCAAACCCAAGCAACCAAGCUUUCUGGAUGCCUACCAGAUCCCAAUAGAGAACUUAGAUCCUCCACUACUCCCUUUAGAAAUUCCUGAUAUACACCAUCUCCUGGCCUGCAUUGAUCCCCUUGGCCAAGAGGAGAAGCCUGGCUCUGAAAAGUCUGCCCUGCGAAAUAAUAGCCUGAGUCUUGAGGACCUAGGGACACUUGAAAAUGGGAUUGAAUCUAACAGUGGUUUUGCAGACAUCGCCACAUUGGUGGAGGAUAUACAACUUCCCCAGCUCUUUACUCCUUUGGAAGACCUCGAUCAGUCUAACAGUCCCAAGGUAAUCAAAGCCACCGAUACCAGAGCCAUUCAGGUGAAUCAGGUGCAGGAAAAGUCAGGUGUCCUAAAGGCUCCCUCUGAUCGACCCAGGAAGAACAAACAUAAGGCCUCGGAACCUAUUGACGGUGCUCCCGAGGCCAAAAUCCAGCCAAAGAACCCAGAGUGCCUGUUAGGGGGAGAAGUGGUUAUUUGUAAUGCCGUAAUCAGUGAUGGGGGUCUUGAGAACAUGGCCAAGCCUUCUAACAGCAAACCUCAGAAAGCUGCCUCCAACAGGAUCAGCAAAGCUAGGAGCCAUGGGCAGGAAAAGACCAAAAGACCCAGAGAAAACAACUCCAAGAAAGCUGAAGAGAGUAAGCAGUCAGGGAACAAAGUCAAGGCAGAAGAGAAGCCAACCAUUCCCAGGAGGAAGCGGAAGAAAAACCAACCUGACCUUAGCCAAGAGAACUUUAAAAAGCCUCGCAGCUGCCUAGGCAUGCAUAUGCUGGAGUCUGUGCAGGUGUUCCAUGCCCUGGGGAAGAAGACUGAUAAGAAAAUUAGAUUCGCUUCCUCUCACGCCCUGGGAAAUUCCAGCAAUCUCAAAGACUCCCAGCCAUCCACAGCUAUCAAGCCAUGGCUGGAAACCCCAUGUAAGGGUAAGGGUGCUGAGAAAACUCAAAUCAAAGCCCAGAAACCAGAUGGCAAUGCUGAAAAAGAGUGUCCAUCUUCAUCCCAGUAUGAGCUGCCACCUCCUGGGAAGGUCAAGUUGGUACCUCUGCCUUUUCCCAAUCUGGACAAGCCUCAAGCUCGACCUGUCCCUCGGAGACCACAGUCUCUGGCCUCACAUCGGCCUGCCAUGGCUUGCCCUUCCCAACCUGGUUCUACUAACUCAGCUCAACCUACUGCAGCCAAUCCAUCCCGACCAGCUUCUGCAUCUUUGCCAGGUCCUGCCAAACCAGGUUGGCCAGUUGUGACCAACCCAACCCAGCCCAGUGUCCCUCAGGCUGCUGGUCCUAGGCCUGUACCCUACAAAACAUCAUCUUGCACUUCUCUCCAGCGGGAGCCUGCUCCCCCUGCUGUGACCAAGCACCAGGCCCCACCCAAGCCUCAAAACCAAUUUCUACUCCAAGACUUCUGCUUCCAACCAAUUCCAUGGAGGAAACCCAAUGUUCCUGAGCCAGUGAUGUCAAAGCUCAUCACAAAAGAGCAGAGGCCAGAGCGAGAGGCCAUGAAGAGGAAGGCUCAGCAAGAGCGUGAGAACGCUGCCAAAUAUACCUCUUUGGGGAAAGUGCAGUUUUUCAUCGAGAGGGAAAAAGACAUGGAAAUUGCUCGAUACUACGGAUAUGCAGUAUAA